AUGGCGAGAUCUACGAUACUCACGAGUUUACUGCUGAGCUCUUCGCUUUUGAGCUCUGCAGGUGCAAACACCGUUCAAAUGUCAAUCGUCAAGAAUCAUGCCAAUGAAGCAGAACAAUUACAAAGGCGUCAACAACACCUCCAGCGACGAGGUAUGGGAGAGGUGAUGCGAGUUGCAGAAAGAGCAGAUACAGUCACGGCCAAUCUGGGAAAUGCUGUAACUAGUGGAUUAUAUUAUGCAAAUGUUACAGUGGGGACACCGGCACAGGCACUGAGUUUACAAAUCGAUACGGGUAGUUCUGAUGUUUGGGUGCCGAGUUCGAGCGCGAGCAUCUGUGAGGAUACCAGAGAUGGGGGAUGCCCGGGGGGAAGUUUUGAUUAUUCUGCGUCCAAGACUUUUCUCGACGUAGACCAAGAUGCUUUCAAUAUUUCAUACGUAGAUGGAACUGGAUCCACUGGAGAUUAUUUCCAAGAUACAUUCUCGAUUGGUGGAGCAACUGUUAAAGGUUUCACGAUGGGUCUGGCUACGGAUACUUCUAUCUCAAUUGGAAUUAUGGGUAUUGGUUACAAUAGCUCCGAGGCAAAUAUUCAGACUGGAAAUGGGACUACGUACCCAAAUUUACCGAAUGUGAUGGUCUCUUCGGGAUUGAUCAAAACAAAUGCCUAUAGCUUGUGGUUGGAUGAUUUACAAUCAAGUACUGGCUCAAUAUUGUUCGGUGGUAUUGAUACAGAGAAAUAUGUGGGCGAUUUAGUCACAGUCGAUGUCUACCCAAGUUCUCGUGGAGGAUCAGUAACAUCCUUUACCGUAGCUUGGACUUCUCUCUCAGUUCAAUCCUCAUCUGGAACUGAUCAAUUGACCCCUACCGAUUUUGCUCGCCCAGCAAUCCUCGACUCUGGAACCACGAUUACCCUUCUACCUGAUGACGUUGCAGCUAUCGUUUUUGAGGAACUUGGAGCAACAGUUUCUCAAGAACUUGGUGCGGUAGUAGUUCCAUGUGCUCUAGCCAAGAAGACUGGUAGCAUAAACUAUGGUUUUGGGGGAGUGGGUGGUCCCACCAUCAAAGUGGAUGUAUCACAACUCGUAUUACCUCUCACCACAAGCGAUGGCCGUACACCAACUUACAACAAUGGUGACCCAGCUUGUCAACUCGGUAUUCAAGCCGCUGGUUCGAACCCCACGCUUUUCGGUGAUACCUUCCUGAGAUCAGCGUACGCUGUCUACGACCUCGAAAAUAACCGAAUUGGACUUGCCCAAACCGAUUUUAACGCUACCGGAUCCAAUAUCGUACCAUUUGCAAGCGCAGGUGCAGCUAUCCCAAGUGCAUCGAGUGCACCAAAUGAAGAAGCUGUUACACAAACAGCUUCUGGAAUUCCAAGAGUUGGUGUAACAGCGACUGCGACUGGAACUGGUCAAGCAACUUACAAUCCCACUGCCACGGGAUUGAAUGCUGAGAAUGGGUUCACAUCUACAUCAUCAGCGACUAGCUCUUCGAAAAAAUCUGCCGGAUCGGGAGGUCCUGCACCAUUUGAAUGGGCUAGAGUUUUCGUUGGUGGUUUCGCUAUAACAAUGGUUGCUGUUGGGGGUGGUAUCUUUACUCUUCUAAUUUGA